UUCCCGAAAAAGUCUACAACUUUCAAAAAACUACAAGAAGGCACGUUCUAUCCUAACAUGUUAACAACAAAUGUUCACAAUAUUCUUCAUUACAACUUACAAACAUAAACGUGCUACACUCUCUUUCAAGAAUUGCCUUUCAUCAUUAGCUAUUCCUAUUAUGUCUAUUCAACAAUUUUAGUGUUCUGACAUCUAACAUCUUGCUCUCAUACAACAAAAGAUGAGAGGAAGAAAACACUCUUUUGUCACUUUUGCCUUUCUCGUAGUACUAUUUUUUGCAAAUGUAGCCACUUCAACUUCAAAGGGGACAAAAUUUACGCCAGCUGAUAACUAUCUGAUCAAUUGUGGAUCCCCUGAUACCACUUUGCUUGAUGAUGGAAGGACUUUUAAGUCUGACCCUCAAUCUGCUUCUUACUUGUCCACUGAUGAAACUAUUUUAGCUUCUGUUAAGUCUUUACAAGAAAAGGUCACUUCUUUUUCCUCAGAAUCUUUGUUAUAUCACACUGCAAGAAUAUUUGAAAGUGAAUCUAUGUAUAGGUUUCUUGUUUUUCAACCAGGCAGGCAUUGGGUGCGUUUGCAUUUUUAUCCUCUUUCUCAUCCAGAUUACAAUCUAACAAGUGCUAUGUUCACUGUUACUUCUGAUAGUAUUGUUUUACUUCAUGAUUUCUCAGUGAAGGAUACUAGUAAAGUUUUGUUCAAAGAAUACCUUAUCAAUAUUACUUCAUCCCAAUUCACCCUCAAAUUUUCACCUUUGAAGAAAUCUUUUGCUUUUAUCAAUGCCAUUGAGUUUGUCUCAGCACCAGAUGAUCUCAUUCCUGAUUCAGCUGCUGCGGUUUCACCUGUUGGUGAUUUCAAUGGCUUGUCUCAGUUCGCUUUUGAAGUAACUUAUCGGCUAAAUAUUGGAGGGCCAAUUGUUACACCUAAAAAUGACACAUUGUGGAGGACAUGGUUGCCUGAUGAUCAGUACAUGGCAUUUCCGGAAGGGGCUCAGAGUGUGUCGGUUCCUCUAAAGACAAUCGCAUAUCCAGAUGGAGGGGCGACGUCUUUGAUUGCCCCGAAAUCUGUUUAUGCAACAGCUGAUAGGAUGGCGGAUGCUGGGGUGCCAAACUCGAAUUUUAAGCUAACGUGGGAGAUGGACGCUGAUCCGAACUUUUCCUAUUUGAUCAGAAUGCAUUUCUGUGAUAUUGUGAGCAAAGGCCUAAAUGAGUUGUACUUCAAUGUCUAUCUUAAUGAGAUGGUGGGAGUCUCAAGUCUUGACCUUUCAACACUGACUUCAGAUUUGGCCACACCUUAUUACAAAGACUUUGUGCUCAAUGCCAGAGCCAUCACCAAUGGCUCGAUCAUCGUGCAGGUGGGCCCUGCGUCAAACGUUCAAUCUAUCCUUCCGAAUGCCAUCCUCAAUGGCUUGGAGGUAAUGAAGAUAAGCAACAUAGCUGGAAGCUUGGAUGGUCUGUUCUCGUCUGGUGGACCCCACCCAGGCGUAAUGCCAAGAUCACGCGGAAUGAAAAUUGCUGCUGCUUUUGGAUUAAUAUUAAUGGUUACAACAUUAAUAUUGCUCGUGAUGUACAUUGUUCGUUGGCGAAGGAGACCAGCAAAGGGUUGGCAGAAGCAAAAGACAUUCUCUUCAUGGCUUCCUCUUAAUGCCAGUUACUGCAGUUUCAUGUCAAGCAAGAGCAAGACUAGUUGUUCAACAAUCAUAUCUGCGGGCCUAAACUUUGGCCGCGUCUUUACUUUCAACGAAAUCAAGAAUGCAACGAAAAACUUUGAUGAGAAAGCAGUCAUUGGUGUUGGAGGCUUUGGAAAAGUGUACCUUGGUGAAUCGGAAGAUGGAACGAAACUAGCUAUAAAACGAGGAAAUCCAUCAUCCUCUCAGGGCAUCAACGAAUUCUUAACUGAAAUUGAAUUGCUAUCCAAGCUUAGGCAUCGACAUCUUGUUUCGCUUAUUGGUUAUUGUGAUGAACAAUCAGAAAUGAUUCUAGUUUAUGAGUACAUGUCUAAUGGUCCUCUUCGUGACCACAUUUAUGGUUCCGAUUUGCCAACUCUAACAUGGAGACAGAGGCUCGAAAUCUGCAUAGGAGCUGCUCGAGGGCUACACUAUCUUCACACUGGAUCAACUCAAGGAAUAAUACAUCGCGAUAUAAAAACUACAAACAUCCUCCUGGAUGAGGACUUUGUUGCAAAGAUGGCUGAUUUUGGCUUGUCAAAAACUGGUCCUUCAUUGGAGCAAACACAUGUCAGCACAGCAGUGAAGGGUAGUUUCGGGUACCUUGAUCCUGAAUACUUCAGAAGACAACAACUAACAGAAAAAUCUGAUGUGUACUCAUUUGGGGUUGUUCUUUUCGAGGUAUUAUGUGCAAGGCCUGCACUUGAUCCUGCAUUGCCAAGAGAACAAGUGAAUUUGGCUGAGUGGGCAAUGCAGCAACACAGAAAAGGGUCUCUAGAGAAGAUCAUAGACCCUCAUCUUGCAGGAACCAUUAGCCCCGAGGCUUUAAGAAAAUACGUGGAAGCGGCAGAGAAAUGCUUGGCAGAAUAUGGGGUUGAUAGACCUACAAUGGGAGAUGUUUUAUGGAAUUUAGAGUAUGCUUUGCAGCUUGAAUCAGCAUCCCCACAGAGUGGUCUUCCAUUGGAGAAUGAGAAUGAGAAGGAACAUUCCAAGACAAGUUCUUCAGAACAGCCUGUGAUGAAUUCGAAGGGCAAUAAAGAAGAUCAGCUCAUUGACAUCAAUGAUGAUUCUGGAGUGGUGGUUGGUUCUCCUUUGUUUUUAGAAGGUUUUCAAGGAAGAUAACUGAAAUAACUUCAAUCAAAGAUGAUCAGCCUUUUCAUUUUUUUGGUUUUUCUGCUUUCAUGUUUUUUUCACUUUACUUUUCAAGCAAUCUUUGGGUUAUCUGUGGUUGAUUUCCUGUUUAGUUUAUGAUGACUGGAGACAUGCCAGAUGUUUGUCUGUAUCCAAGGAUCUAAUUGACUUUCCCUUCUAGUGCUUGUAGUUGUAUGUUACCGAUUUAUCUUCGCUCAGGUGUUAAUUUUCAAAAAGUAAUGUUGCUAA